AUGGCCUUUGUGGGGCAGAGCAGCGUGGUCCACGCCAUGCAGCCUGUGGGGCCCAGGGCCUUCGUGGUGAGCGACAAAGUGCUGCUGAUCCGCUGGAGCAGUCGCCAGAUUCUGCUGAAGAUCAUCAACUCAGGUGGUUUUGCCCUGGAAUGCUUGCGGAUUGUCGUGGCAAGCGCUACGUUGGAUGCGUUCUACAAGAACGCGGUGAAGGAGGACUUUCUGCCCACCUUCGAGUCGGUGGAGGCGAAACGCCAGGAGCUUCUUCGCGCAGCGCUGCCAAAGGAUGCAGCGAUGCUGCAGCGGAGCAUCUUCCAACAGUUCUGGCUGAGCCACAUCAGUUGGGGCGACUUGUGGCAGCCAAGCCCCAAGCAGCGCGUCAUCAACGCCGUCCGCACCGGGUCCCGGGAACUGGGCUUCCGCCAGCACCGCCACGAGACCUUCGACGACCUGGCGAUGCUGCACCGCGCGGCCAUGGGAACGGCCACCGUGGCCACCAUGCUGGGCAACGGCGGCCAGGACUACAACGCCGCCUCCCGGCGCUUCACCGAGACGCCGCCGGAAUGGGCGAGGCCGGGUGGUGCUGGCGCGGUGCAGCGCAAGGCGCCGGCGCCAGCCAAGGUGGGCAAUGGUGCUGUGGAGGGCUUUGCCGGCCGCGGUCCGGCCGGUCCGGCGGCGAACAUCUCCUUGCUCCAGGAACGCCAGUUGACGAGGGAGUUGGGAAGACUGCAGAAUCAACUCGCGAGACUGACCUCGGCGCGAGCGCUGUGGCAGGCGCUGAGGAGCACCUCUGAAGCCUGGGAUGGGACGAACUUGGCAGCAGCAUGGCACCGCACGGCCAAAGUGAGCCGCGACGACGCCAAGUGUUUCUCCCGCUGUCUGGGGCUGCUGGUGGCGCAACAGCGGCAACGGAUGGGGAAGGCGGGUGACUUCGACGCUAAGAGCCUGGCAUGCGUGCUGUGGGCCUGGGGCAAGCUGAAGGUGAAGGAGAAGGACCUUCUGGAGGAUCUUUGUCAACGGAUUCCAGGCAUGCCAGGUCGCAUCCUUCACUUCACCUGUCGCGACUUAGCCAACAUGGUCUAUGGUCUGGCGCUGCUGCAGCACCGCGACGCGGUGCCCGCGCUCUGUGCCGCGGGGAUGGGGAAGGGCGACAUCCUCGCCCAGCGCUUGGAUGAGGCCAACAGCCAGAGCGUGGCCAACGUCAUCUACGC